GAUCAGUGGUGUACUGUGUCCCUGGGACACAGCAGCGGUAACUGGCAUUCCUCAAAGAGGACAUUUACACUGAUCAUCAGGGCACUGAUUAUCAGUGUGCCCUGAUGAUCAGUGUAGCCCCAUCAGUGCCACCUGUCAGUGUCCAUCAAUGCCACCAGUCAGUGCUCAUAAAUGCCACCUGCCAGUGCCCAUCAGUGCCGUAUCAAUGCCACAUAUCAGUGCCUACCAGUGCACAUCAAUGCCCAUCUGAGCUGCCUUUCAGUGCCACCUAUCAAUGCCAGUCAGUGCUGCCAAUUAGUGCCAUCUAUCCGUGCCAGUCAGUGCCGACUAUCAGUGCCAAUUAGCGC